AUGCGAAACGCAAAGAGUGCUGUAUGGGCCCGACCGGAAAACCCGGUGUCCAUCGCCCAGCUUUGUGACCUCGGGAUGAUCUGGGCGGAGUUCUACGUGCCAAGUGACCGCUUUAGCCCCGGCACUACUCCCCAUGCACCGAAAGCUCCCGGAAAAGCCAAUGAGAGGCCGGUGUUCAUCCCUUCCAGUGCAUGCUCUCGGACGGGAAGCAUGUUUGUUGCCCCAGGCCCCAGAUCCCAGAUCGAAUACUACCAUAUGUAUACGUCCCCUCGGUGCUCGCUCGUCUGCUGCCCCUCGUCGACCUGCUCGACAAGUGAUUCAGACUCGACACGAUGGCUACCGGAUGCAUCUGUAUCAGCAGACAUUGUAGCUAAGGAUAUAUCCUCCCUGGCUAGCGUUGGCGCCGGCGGGAUAGAAUUCCUGCCCUUCUAUUUUUACGGGCUCGUGUAUGCACAGCUAAUUCCGGUGCCUGACGGCCCCAUUGAGCCACCUACCGACUGGUCCAUCUACGGUUUUGGUGACACAGCAUUCAAUGAACUGUUCAAGGAAACGCUGCAGGCGAUCAAGGCCGAGGGUAACGGCUUCAACAUAGACUUCGCUCUGGGCCCAAACCAAGGCGCUGGUGUGCCCAGCGAGCCUGGGACGGAAGGUCUUUCAUACGAAAUUGCCCCGGGCAAUGCGACUGUGACGGCAGGCCAGACAUUUUCUGGUCCAGUGCCGCCUCCAUACCUGCCAGCAGUCCUUCAGGGCGGUCUCGGAUUUCAAGGGGAGCUCGAGCAAUUUGGUCAGGCGAACCUCACCGCUGUAUUUGCAUUGAAGGUCACUGGACAAACAAGCCGUUCUGUCUCCACAUUUUCGGCUGGCGAUGUGUCAGUCCCAGUCUUCGUUCUGGACGAAGACUCCUACAUUGACCUCACACCAAAUGUGUCAGCAGAUGGACAGCUGCAAUGGACCCCUCCGACCAGCGGCGGCAACUCAACUUGGAAGCUUUUCAGUUACUGGUCUCGAUACACGAAUCAACGGGCCUGUCGCGGAGGGCUCAAUGCCACGACAGUGAUUGGAAAUGGCUCUUGGACCGUCGACCAUUUCAGCACCGCUGGAGCGGUCAAAGUCACCGACUUCUGGGAUCAGCAGAUCUUGACCGACGCGGAGACAGCCGAGUUGCUAGCAGAUGUUGGCAAAUACUCCUGGGAAGACAGCAUGGAAAUUCUAGCAGCUAUGUACUGGACGCCAGACUUUAUCUCACGGUUCGAGAAAGAGAUGGGCUAUAGCAUCGUGAAAUAUCUGCCUUUGCUUUACAACCCCUCAAACACCUGGAACGGCGGCAUCCUCGCUUACCCAGAGCUCUACCAGUAUGGCGAGUACACCAAAGACAACACGAGCGUUCAUGAUCUGGAUUACCGUACCGUCUUGACCUCGGGAUAUCAAGAUUACAUCGAUCAUUUCGAGGAAUGGUCCCUUGCGCGUGGUGUUGAGUACUCCGACCAACCCGCGUACAAUCUCCCACUGGAAAUGCUCCGCGUCAUUCCAUCGGUUGACGCUCCAGAAUGCGAAUCGCUAGGAUUUGAGGACAGUGUGACUUCCUAUCGCCAAUUCUCCGGCCCUGCUCAUCUUGCAGGGCGCAAUGUUAUAUCGAGCGAGAUGGGUGCCGUGUCCGGGCCAGCGUUCAACUUGACCAUUCCACAGUUCCUGUACCAUGGCAAGGCAGGCCUUGCUGGCGGCAUCACGCAGCACGUUCUUCACGGCGCUCCUUAUUCCGGGAACUACCCGAACACAACUUGGCCGGGGUAUACGACUUUUUACUACCUCUACAGCGAGAUGUGGACACCGAAUCUGCCAACGUACGGAUCAGGUCACCUGAAGGACACACUGGACUGGUUCGGCAGAAACCAAUGGGUGCUCCAACAGGGUGUUCCCAAGAUCGAUCUAGCCCUAUAUUACUACGCAGCUCCAUGGGCACCCGGUGGUGAAGACGCCCUUGGUGGUGUGAAUGGGCUAGGAUCACUGGGAUACACGUAUGACUAUCUCGGCCCACAGAAUCUGCUCCUCCCACAAGCUACGGUCCAAGAUGGAGUUUUGGCUGCGGACGGGCCUUCGUAUAAAGCGCUCGUUUUCUCUGGUCAGGAGAUCAUCACAGUGGAAGCAGCUCAGGCAGUCCUUGGCUUCGCCCAGGCAGGACUUCCCAUCAUCGUCGUUGGCGAUGCUUCGGCGCUCCCCAGUCAGACGUACCCCUCUGCCGAUGAGGACCAACUUGCUAAUAUUACAUCUCAAUUGGCUCAAAGUUCAGCGGUUCACUUCGUGGCCUCUGUCAAUGAGAUAUCUGGAGCUCUUUCGGAGUUGACAAUUGCGCCCCGUGUGGGCCUGAACUGCACCUCAAAUCCCGUUUAUCCGGUCGUCCGAAGUGAUGUUAACAGCAGCACUGAAUACGUCUAUCUAUAUAACGACCAAUAUAUCUCGGUCGACUGCAGUGUCUCCUUCACUUCGUCUGGGAACGACGCCACCCCAUUCAUGUACAAUGCGUUCGCCGGAACACAGGAAGAGCUUGUCGAGUACACGACUGAUGGGUCGGUGUACACUCUCCCAGUCAACUUGGCAGCGAAUGAGACGACUAUUCUGGUUUUCAAGUCGGGCUCAAAUGCCAACAACACCAGCAGGCCUUUCGUCACAUCCUCAAGUGAGAACGUCGCCUCCGUCAAGCGUAGCAACUCCAGCGACACCUCUGUUCUUGCAACAGUCAGCAGCUCUGGCUCAGCCAGCCUCACCUUCGAUUCCGGCAAGACAACAACGUUUGACGUGGCCCUCCCCGCGACCACUGACCUGCCGACUUGGGAUAUCGAGAUCGAAGACUGGCACGCCCCAGAGGAUCGCUUUAACGUCGAGGCUGGCACAGCUAUCACGCUGCACAACUUCACCAACCAGGCUCUCGUUCCCUGGACGCAGCUUGGUGCCGGGUUCGAGAGCGUGAGCGGCGUGGGACGCUACACCACACGCUUUACCGUGCCGUCUCUACCGAGCAGUAACUCCUCAACUAGCGGCCCAUCUACUCGCAUCGGAGCCUUACUCUCUCUCGGGCCCGUGGUCAACACCAUUCGCGCAAGUCUAGAUGGCGUUCAGCUCGCCCCAAUUGACCCAGCACGGCCAGUCGUGGAUAUCUCGAGCUACGUGGCGGAGGGCCAAGAGCACGAGCUUGUAGUUGAGGUGACUACGACACUGUUCAACAGAAUCAAGAGCGAAGCGGAUUUGGUCCAGGUCUGGGGACAGGUUGCGUCGGCUCAGCAGUCCAAGUAUGCACAACAAGGACCUUACGAGUAUGGGCUCUUGGGGCCGGUUACACUGGAGUGGGUUGCUGUUGCUGAGAUUGAUGCCAGUAGCUUGUAA